GUUCUCAACCGCAACCCCACCCACCCCCCCGCCCGAGUCAUUUGCCCUCUUCUGAGUCUUCUCCCCUCCCCCAAAUCUCCCCUGACGACGGCGUCUGUGGCGUCCUCCACCGAAAAACUCUCUCUAUCUCUCACUCACAAACGCAUUGACACAGUGACUACCUGACGUGUGGGUCUCAGGCACAGUUUUGGAGCUCGGUAUUACACUGAGUGGCAGGGUUGGGGCACCACGUCUCCUGUACCAGCCAUGGUCACGAAAAUCAUUGAGGAGUUGAAGGCUUUGGAGAAAGAUAUUGAUGCCCAGAUGAGCUUUGGCGGUAGUGUUAAAAUAGCCUAAUGGGCAAAGAGGAAGCUGGAAGGUCACCCAAGCCUUCUACAUCGAUGUCGUCGAUCCAGGAAUAUUAUAGUCCCGUAAAUCCAUACUACCCGCCAUUUAUGAUGCUUCCAAAUACAUAUAUAAAUCCAUAUCCAAAUCCACAUCCGUAUCCUUGGGGUAGCCAGCAUCCGUCGAGGCCACCUCUUGGACCAACUCUACCCUACCCUUCGUCAAGUAAUUCGGAGGAGUUAAGAGGAUCUCAAGAGACUAGCCAAGUAGAUCAUCCGUCGAUACCACCUCUUGGACCAACUCUACCCUACCCUUCGUCUAGUAAUCCGGAUGAGUUAAGAAGAUUUCAAGAGACUAGCCAGCAUUUGUCGGUGCCCCCCCCUCUUGGACCAACUCUACCCUGCCCUUCGUCUGGAAAAAAAUUGGAGGAGUUAAAAAGAUAUCAAGAGACUAGUCAGCAUCCCUCGAUGCCACCUCUUGGACCAACUCUACCCUAUCCUUUGUCGAGUAGUCUGGAGGAGUUUAGAAGAUCUGAAGUGACCACACAACGCGUAAGUGAUUCGUCCACCAUGCCUAAUAGUGUAGAAAGUGAGAAGAAUGUUGGAGGUACAUCACACACAACUGAUCAAAGCUAUCAUAUUAGUAGCGAGGAUAAAGAAGCAACAUCCGACGUACAUAAAGAGGCGGAGGGGACUAAUGAUGUAUCUAAUGAUGAUGAACGAGUUGAAAUACCAAAAUCUGGUAUGGAGUUUGCUACUGAGAAAGAGCUUCUGGCUUAUUACAAACGAUAUGCCAAGCAAGUGGGUUUUGGUGUGAAAACACAAAGGACGAAGCGAGAGGCAAAUGGUAGUGUUAAGUAUGUCACAAUUGGGUGUGCACGUAGUGGCAAGUAUCAUCCUAGCCAUGGUAAUGUUUCUAGGUCACGACCGACAAUUAAAACAGAUUGUAAGGCGAAGAUAAAUGCUCACUUGGCGAAUGGGGUAUGGGUUUUGACCACUGUUGAGAUUGCUCACAAUCAUACCGUAAGCCCACAAAAUUCUAGAUUUUUUAGAUCUCAUAAGUUUUUAGAUGAAUAUAGUCAAAGGAUGCUUGAUUUGAAUGACAAAGCAGGUGUUCGAAUGGACAAAAAUUUCAAUGAUGUUGUUGUUGACGCGGGGGGGUCUGAGAAUCUUGAAUUUGCAGAAAAAGAUUGUCUGAAUUUUAUUGACAAAGCUAUACACUUAAGGCUUGGUAAAGGAUGUGGUAAAACACUUAGUGACUACUUUGAUAGAAUGAGAGAGAUGAAUGAUGGCCUUGUUUCUGUUAUGGAUAUGGAUGAUGAAUUUAGAGUAAAAAAUGUGUUUUGGGCUGACGCACGCAGUCGAGCAGUAUAUGAGUAUUUUGGAGAUGUUAUCACCUUCGAUACGACGUUUCUAACAAAUAGGUAUAGUAUGCCUUUUGUUGCCUUUGUGGGUGUAAACCAUCAUGGGCAAUCUAUAUUGUUAGGGGCUGGAUUGAUUUCAGGUGAGGACACAAGUACGUUUGUUUGGUUGUUUCGAGCAUGGUUGAAGUGCAUGCAUGAUCGGGCUCCCAAAGCCAUAAUAACAAAUCAUGAUCAGGCAAUGAAGAGUGCUAUUUCCAUUGUAUUUCCAGAUACUCGUCAUAGAUAUUGUCUCUGGCACAUCAUGCGAAAACUACCAGAAAAAUUGGGAUCCCACUCUCAAUUCAAUGCAGGGUUGAAGACUUCUAUUCAGAGUGCUCUAUAUGAUUCACAAACUUGUGGGGAGUUUGAGGACAAAUGGGGGCAACUACUUGAUAUGUAUAAUCUUGGUUCUAAUACAUGGCUACAAGGGUUGUACAAUGACAGGUCUUUUUGGGUACCAGUUUACUUGAAGAAUGUUUUUUGGGCUGGUAUGAGCACUACACAGCGGUCUGAAAGAAUGAAUGCUUUUUUUGACGGGUUUGUGUAUUCUGGUACGACAUUAAAGGAAUUUGUUGAUCAAUUUGAAAAUGCGCUAAAGAAAAAGGUGGAGGUUGAGGCUAUAGCUGAUUUCAAUUCCUUCAACCAAACGAUUCCAUGCUUAUCCCCUUUUGGCAUUGAGAAACAAUUUCAAACGGUUUAUACAAAUGCAAAGUUCAAGGAGGUCCAACGAGAGGUGCUGGGGAUGAUUUUAUGUAAUUGCACACUUGUUAGCACUAAAGGUUGUAUUUCCACAUUUGAUGUUUUAGAUCAAAUUUCCAUUGAUGACCAUGUGAAGAGGGUGCAGUACUUAGUUUACUACAACGAAGAAGAAUGUGAAGUGAAAUGCACGUGUGCGUUGUUUGAGAUGCGGGGCAUUUUCUGUAGGCAUGCAUUUUCUGUAUAUAAUAUGAAGAACAUUAAUGUUCUGCCGAAAAAGUAUAUCUUGGAUCGAUGGAGAAAUGACUUAAAGAGGAGAUACACACUGGUCAAGAGUAGCUAUGAUGACUUGCAGGGCAAUACAAAUGCACGAAGGUAUGAGGUUGUGGUGAAAAGAUGCUUGAAAUUAGCGACGCGUGUAUCCCCAAGUGAUGAGCAUUAUAAUGCAUUUUUACGUCAUUUAGAUGAAUUUGAGCCUAAAUGUGAAGGCUUAACGUUUGAGUCAAAACUUUGUUCAGCCAAUGUCGAAGAAAAAGUGGUAACCAGUAGAAAGAAAAAAUAGACUUGCAGGAAAAUCUCUGAUGAUGAAUCUCAUUCAAGUGAGCUCCCACUAUCUCAACUUGAUGGUAGUGUUGAUGGUUUUGUUAUUGGAACCCAGUAUAGUACUGUCACACAACCAACACCAUCGGGCAAUGAGUAGGUGUGAUGCAUUUAUUUACCAUAUGUUUCUUCUUUGUUUAAUUGUUUUCAAUCAAUUAUUAAUAAAUAAUUUUAUUUAAUUAUCAA